GCCUACUCUUCCGUCCCGGUCAGCAACAUGAACUCCAGCCUGGGCUCCAUGAACUCCAUGAACACCUACAUGACCAUGAACACCAUGACCACGAGCGGCAACAUGACGCCGGCCUCCUUCAACAUGUCCUAUGCCAACCCGGGCCUGGGCGCCGGCCUGAGUCCCGGCGCGGUGGCCGGCAUGCCCGGAGGCUCCGCGGGCGCCAUGAACAGCAUGACGGCGGCGGGCGUGACGGCCAUGGGCACGGCGCUGAGCCCGGGCGGCAUGGGCGCCAUGGGCGCGCAGCCCGCGGCCUCCAUGAACGGCCUGGGCCCCUACGCGGCCAUGAACCCGUGCAUGAGCCCCAUGGCGUACGCGCCGUCCAACCUGGGCCGCAGCCGCGCGGGCGGCGGGGGCGACGCCAAGACCUUCAAGCGCAGCUACCCGCACGCCAAGCCGCCCUACUCCUACAUCUCGCUCAUCACCAUGGCCAUACAGCAGGCGCCCAGCAAGAUGCUCACGCUGAGCGAGAUCUACCAGUGGAUCAUGGACCUCUUCCCCUAUUACCGGCAGAACCAGCAGCGCUGGCAGAACUCCAUCCGCCACUCGCUGUCCUUCAACGACUGCUUCGUCAAGGUGGCGCGCUCCCCGGACAAGCCGGGCAAGGGCUCCUACUGGACGCUGCACCCGGACUCGGGCAACAUGUUCGAGAACGGCUGCUACCUGCGCCGCCAGAAGCGCUUCAAGUGCGAGAAGCAGCCCGGGGCCGCCGGCGGGGGCGGGAGCGGGGGCGGCUCCAAGGGCGGCCCCGAAGGCCGCAAGGACCCCUCGGGCACCGGGAACCCCAGCGCCGAGUCGCCCCUCCACCGGGCCGUGCACGCCAAGGCGAGCCAGCUAGAGGGCGCGCCGGCCGCCGGGCCCGCCGCCAGCCCCCAGACUCUGGACCACAGCGGGGCGACGGCGACAGGGGGCGCCUCGGAGUUAAAGACUCCAGCCUCCUCCACGGCGCCCCCCAUAAGCUCUGGGCCCGGGGCGCUGGCGUCUGUGCCCCCGUCUCACCCGGCGCACGGCCUGGCCCCCCACGAGUCCCAGAUGCACCUGAAAGGGGACCCCCACUACUCCUUCAACCACCCCUUCUCCAUCAACAACCUCAUGUCCUCCUCGGAGCAGCAGCACAAGCUGGACUUCAAGGCGUACGAGCAAGCGCUGCAGUACUCGCCCUACGGCGCCACCUUGCCCGCCAGCCUGCCUCUGGGCAGCGCGUCAGUGGCCGCCAGGAACCCCAUCGAGCCCUCAGCCCUGGAGCCGGCCUACUACCAAGGUGUGUAUUCCAGACCCGUCCUAAACACUUCCUAGCUCCCGGAACUGAGGGUUUGUCUUCAUGACCAUGCUGGUAGCAGGAGAGAGAUUGAGAGAGAGAGAGAGAGAGGAAAAAAAAAAUCAGCAAACGAAACCACUCAUACCAAACCAGCAACAGCAUAGUAAAACCCCAACUUUUUUUUUCAUGCACAAAUUUUCCCCAGUGCAAAGGACUGUUACUUUUAUUAUUGUAUUCAAAACUCUCUGUGCAUAUUAUUACAAAGACAACCGAUCCCGCACCAAUUUUUCCUGCGAAGUUUAAUAAUCCACAGUUGUAUAUAUAUAUAAUCUUCCUCCUUCCGUGUUCGUCCCUGUCUUCCCCUCAGACCCAUUCUAGUCCACGCAGGGUUUAUUUAAAAGAGA